AUGGGAGUCUAUCAGCAAAAGGUUAACAGAGAAUACCCUGAUUAUGACAAUUCCUCCAAUCUCAUCCAUGGCCUUGUGACAGAAUUUAUCAUUUUUGGAUUCCCAAGCCUUCAGAGAUAUCAGAUUUUGCUUUUUUGUGUUUUCCUUUGUAUAUAUAUUUUCUCCAUUUCAGGAAAUGGGAUUAUUUUCUUUCUGGUUGCUCUGGACCAUCGAUUACAAACACCAAUGUAUUUUUUUGUCAGCAACUUAUCCUUUUUAGAUAUGAGUUACACAACAGUGACUAUACCUAAAAUGUUGGCCAAGUUCUCUAUGAAUUUAGAUUCCAUUUCAUACACCAGCUGCUUCCUUCAGAUGUAUUUUUUCCUUUCUUUGGCAGCAACUGAAUGUUUCCUCCUUUCUGUUAUGGCUUAUGAUCGGUAUGUGGCUAUAUGCUCCCCACUUCACUACCCAACUAUAAUGACCAAACGAUUCUAUAUACUCCUAUCUGCUGCUGCAUGGUUGAGUGGCUUCAUGAUUAUUUUAGGACUGUUAAUUUUAGCUUUGAAAUUACCUUUUUGUGGCCCAAAUGUAAUUCACCAUUAUUAUUGUGAUCACCCUCCUUUGCUCCAGUUGGCUUGUGCAGACACUUCCUUCAAUGUAGUAGUUGGGUCAUCCAUGGGGGCAUUCAUCAUCCUAAUAAGCUUUACUUUCAUAGUUGUCUCUUACAUUAAGAUUAUCAUAACCAUUCUCAAAAUAGCUUCCCAUGAUGGUCGCAAAAAAACCUUUUCCACCUGUGCAUCCCAUUUUGCGGUGGUGAAUGUUUUUUACCUCCCACUCAUCUUUAUGUAUAUUCGACCGACAGCGUCCUAUUCCUCAGAUGUAGACUCUCUAGUGGCCAUGUGCUAUACAGUAUUAACACCCAUGAUGAAUCCAAUUAUAUACAGUCUGAGGAACAAAGACAUUAAGGACAGUUUUAAGAAGAAUAUAAAGCGCUGGUUCUAGUUAAAAAUUAGGAUUGGGUUUAAAAAAAAAAUGUAAAAUCGUUUAAAUGUUGAAGACAAUAUUUACUAAGAUUUUAGUUUCUGUGAAAACUU